AUGGAGCGGACUCGGAUCGUCGGAUCGUCCACCAGCCUUCUCCCGCUAAUAAACGCCGGCCACGUGUCUUCCAUCUGGCACGACAUCCUCCUCAUUCCGCCUCCCGCUUCUCCCCCCAGCGGCUCUUCCUCCCCGCCGCGCCACCGCAGCGUUUCCCCCUUCUCCACCCCCGCCUUCUCCUUCGUCUGCCGCUCCGCCAAAUCCCUUUCCGCCGAUUGCGGCGGCAGCCGAAGGCUUCGGCGCCGCGAUGACCCCCUUUUCCUGCGGGAGAAGCGGAUGGUCGUGAUUGCCUUAGACGGCAGUCUUACCAAAGUACACCCGUCGCCGGCGGAGUCGCAGCCGUCGCCGGCGGAGUCGCAGACGUCGCCGUCGUCGGCGCUCCUACAAGCGUCGCCGUGGAAUCUGGGUAUCCUGCCGCAGACGUGCGUGCUCGCGUCGCGAUGCAUGUCGAUAUUCUCCCGCUUCGAUGCGAAAGGCGAUUCUGGCGGUUCGGAUGGCCGCCAGGGCGAGUCGCGGGAUAAUGAACUCACAGAGUCGCUCUUAACGGCGUGCGACAAUGCGCCGCUGGAGGCGCUGGAGAUUGGGUCGCAGGCGCGCGAUCCUGGCGACGUGUACGACGUUUUUCCGCUACUGGCGAUGCCCCUGCGACUGCGGGGAUCUGGGCGAAACAGCAUGCCGAUUUCGUGGAGGAUUGUAACCAUCGCAACGGACGACGAGCUGGUGACGAGCGGGCAGCUGAAACAUUCCCUGCGCAACUUGUUGGAUCGCGUUCGCGAAUGGGCGAAAAAGUCGGAUUGCUUUGGCGAAAUAGUGGGACCAGUUACACCUCCCUCCUCGAUCCCCUCCUCUCACUCCCUCAUCUCGAUCCCCUCCUCUCACUCCCUCAUCUCGAUCCCCUACUCUCACUCCCUCAUCUCAAUCCCCUCCUUUCGCUGCCUCAUCUCGCUCCCCUCCUCUCACUCCCUCAUCUCCAUCCCUUCCUCUCACUCCCUCAUAUCAAUCUCCUCAUCCCAACUUCUCAACUCAUUCCCCUCCCUUCACUCCAUCUCAAUCCCCUCCUCUCCCUCCCUUAUCUCAAUCCCCUCUCACUCCCUUGCCCCUAUCCCCUCCUCUCACUCCUUCGUCCCAAUCCCCUCCUCUCACUCUUUCUCACUCCUCCACUGCGCCUCCAUCCCCUUCUGCUCACUGUUCCAGCUUACAAUCACGUGCUAG